UCUUCUUCAUCAUCAUCUCUUCCACAUUUUUUCUCUUCAUUCAACUUCCCAAAAAAAAAAAGGGUUAUUUUUUCCCCUCAUUUGUUGAUGUUAGUUGAGUUUUAGAUCAUCUAAUUUCAUUUCUGGGUGCACCUAGAAACUCAAUUUACAUGGGGUUUACUUUACCUUUUUAUUGAGUGCUUUAAACAGAAAAAAUCAUGGAGGUUGCUAGAAUUAGACAAUUGUUGCUCCUUUGGAGUAGAAUCAAAUCUACCCGUGUUGCUCUUGUGGGUGGCAACCACACCGCCGCUAGGUUUUGUACUCGCUAAAUUCAAUUUUUUUCCACCGCUGGAUUUUCCUCUUUCUCUCCCUUUCUCUCUGUUCUUAUAGUUGAGUUUUGUGACGUACAACUAUAGGAGCACAAAGUACGAUCAGUUUUUACAGACUCUUCCGAUCCGUUUGUUGUAGAGGCAUGGAUUUUGGUCUUGGGUAUUUCCCCAAAAGAGGGGAAAUCAAGGGGAAUCAUUUCCCCGGGGUUAAAAUUGGGUUGAAUCAAGAUGCCCUUUUGAUAAUUAAGUUACCAGAUUCGAGGGCUUUAAGGAUUAUGUCACGGUCAUUGUUCUUGGCAAUGGUUCUUCUCAUAUUGCCGUCAAUUGGGUCUAUACUAAGAGGCUCAUUAGAUGUAAUUGACGAUUCUUAUGUGAAUUCUGACGGAAGGGACUUCAAUGGGUUGCAUAAUCUUUUGCACGAUUUGGCAGAUGAAGGCCUUGUUAAAAAGGGGCAUAAAGGCCUCGUUUUGAGUUCUGAGAAUGAUCAUUUGGUGAAAGAUUUGGAAUUGUUGAAUGACAAUGUGGUUAAUUUGGUGCUCGAUUUGGAUAUGGAUAACAAGAAUUCUAUUCCAAAUGAGACAUUCGAUUUUGCAAUUGCGCAGACUAAAUGGAACAGUAAGUUCAUUGAUCGUGUGCUCAAGAUUGGUGGCAUUGUUGUAACUCAACUGAGCAAUGAUCCUUUAGCUGAGCUAAAAGCUCUAGCUAACUACAGAAUCGUGUAUAUUCGACGAUUUGACAAGACUAUGGUGGGAAUUAGGAAAACCGGGGUACUAAAUGAUGAGCUGAAUUCGCAGAAAAAGGACAUUGUUUGUGGAAGCACACCUGAGGCUAAAAAAGUUGCAUUGAAAGGAUUAGAGGAUGUGUUGCUCGAGCCGCCAAAAAAGGCAUUGCUGAAAUCCUUUUCAAGGAAGAUUAAGUUUCUUCCUGAGUUGUUGGGUGAUUCUCUUGAGAAUUACCCGCGAAGAGUCUUCAUUUCUGAUGAGAAAAAUGGGGUAGCAGAAUGGUUUAAGAGGAGCUACCCUGCAAAUAAUCAAGAUUUUGAGAUUUUCAAUUUGGAUGUCGAAAUUCAAGAUUCAGAGCAAUCAGGGGAUGGAGUACCCUUACUUGGGACAGCAGAAUGGUUGAGCAAAAAUGUGAAGGAAGUGGACUAUGUUGUGAUGAAGGCAGAAGCAGAAGUGGUGGAGGAAAUGAUCAAGAAGAAAGCAAUAUGUUUGGUGGAUGAGUUGUUCUUGCACUGCAGAAGCCAAUUGGAAGGAGUUGAUAAUGAUGAUGAUGAAGAGGUAAACGGAAGCCAAAGGAUGGCUUAUUGGCAAUGUUUGACAUUGUAUGGAAAGUUAAUAGAUGAAGGGGUUGCUGUGCACCAAUGGUGGAGUUGAAUCUAAGGAAUGUUAAGACUUGGUUUAGCUUUGUCCUUUAUCAGUCUCUUGUUAUUGUUGUUCAUUCAUGUAUCAUGUGGUCAUCAGUGGCUUUUGCUUUCCAGUUUAAGCCAUUUGUUGUUUAAUUGUACUUUGUUUCUAUUGGCAUGAAGAUUGUUAUGUGAUUUA